UGCUUGUAUAUAUGAGCUCUGUCAGAACGUGUUAGGCAGACCACAAUAUAGGUGAAGUCAACUGGCAAACGAGUUGCAUUUUUGAACAGUGAUAGUCAAAGCGACCUUUAGCCUAUCCCAUGAGUGUUUGCGAGUUAUAUGACAUAUCAGAUCUGUUGUAAGAGAAUGCUGAACAACAGAGUUAGACACGCCGAUCCAAACAUUUCCAUAACGGUGUCAUCGCUUGGUCUGUCCAUCUACAUUUGGAAUCAGUGUUACGGAUCUACCAGACCUAGAACUUUUCCAUCCCAGGCCAAAUAUGAGUGAAAUCAAACCUACCGAUCCAGCAGCCACUAACGCUGGAGAGGAAAAGGACUGGACAGCAUCAGCCUGUUCUGACAGUUUAAAAACAAGGAAACCUAGAACCCCCAAACCCCAGAAUGCCGUGACAAUCGCCGUCUCCUCUCGAACCCUUUUCAACAUGGAUGAGGAACGGAAGAUCUAUCAGGAAGAGGGAGUCGAGAAGUAUAUGGCCUACAUGAAUCAACAGGAGCACGAGAAUGAGCCACUCAUGCCAGGUGUUGCGUUUCCCCUUGUGAAGGCUCUGAUGACGGUAAACUCCAGACUGAGGCAGCUCUACCCCGACAGUGAGGAGCUGUUUGACAUCGUCCUGAUGACUAAUAACCACGCCCAGGUCGGGGUGCGCCUCAUCAACAGCAUCAACCACUACGAUUUAACCAUUGAGAGAUUCUGUAUGACUGGAGGGAAAAGCCCCAUUGGCUAUCUGAAGGCCUACAUGACCAACCUGUACCUCUCCAAGGAUGGAGAGAAAGUCACUGAGGCCAUUGAGGAGGGCAUUGCUGCAGCGACCAUGUUUGCAUCUGGAGAUGUGGAGAACCAGCUGUCCGACACACAGCUGAAAGUAGCUUUUGACGGAGACGCAGUCCUCUUCUCUGAUGAGUCGGAGAUCAUCGCGAAACAACGUGGCCUGGAUAAGUUCUUUGAGCACGAGCAGGAGUUUGAGAACAUACCUCUUAAAAAGGGUCCCUUGAAGUGUUUCCUGGAGGUGCUGGGGAAGCUCCAGAGAAAGUUCUACGCCAAGAACGAGCGUAUGACCUGCCCCAUUCGUACCUACUUGGUAACAGCCCGCAGUGCAGCCAGCUCAGGGGCCCGUGUCCUCAAGACGCUCAGGAGCUGGGGCCUGGAGAUCGACGAAGCCCUGUUCCUAGCCGGGGCCCCCAAAGGGCCUCUCCUGCAAAUGAUCCGUCCCCACAUAUUCUUUGACGACCAGAUGUUCCACAUCGAGGGAGCCAAGGAGCUGGGGACCAUCGCUGCACACGUGCCUUAUGGGAUCGGACAGAAGUAUCACAAGGGGGAACUUAUUGAGCAGCCUGACAAAGAUGUCAAAGACAAGAAGUAAAGAGCCUCCUAGUGGUGGGUAGAUAUCAUAUGUUAUGCAAAUGCUUAGUUGCACACAACCCUGUCAUCAGCUGUAGGACCUUUAUUGUUUAUCAGAAUUUUAUAUUAUUUCUCUUUUUUACACAUUAUUACAAACAUCUUUAUCAGAUAAUAUUGUAUCAACAGGAGAAAAAAACACAUUGUUUAGGACUGUAGAUGUAAUACUCACAUCAGGGACCAAUGUCACCUAAUGUUCUCUGUCAUGAGGAGAGAAAGGAUCACUUUCCUACAAUCCUCAUCACCAUCACAUUGUAGUCUUUAAUAGUAUUUGGUAAAAUAUGUAGUUUUUUUAAUGAAAAUGUCAUAGGGUGUUCAAAUUUUACACAUGAAAGUAUAUUUAGAAAAGUGUAUUUUAUAUCUUUAGAUAUGUGCACUCUAGUGCACUAACAAGGUAGAAUGGUUAUUGAUAUGAAGCGCUGAAAAAAUAUAUGCGUUUUGGUUUUACUGCACACCAUACAAAACAGACAUUAACACAUUAUUUAUUUAUUAUUUACACUUAGAUGCAGUCGGGAUCUUAAGCACUUACAAACUCGUACCAUAUUAUACGAAUUGCAUUUUUUUUUUGCAGGACAUGACAUAUCAUACAAAAUGGAUGAUGUAGUACACAAUUGUGCAUAUUUUUCGGGGACCCAUUUUGGCUCGUGAGGACGACUUUAAAAAAUAUUGUCUGAAAUGUACUGAACUUUAGAAGCAAAACUUCAAUGUUCAAUCCCCCUUUACUAUCCAUGCAUUGUUCUAAUCUAUUUCAUUUUCUUAUUCCAUUUAAUAAUACUUGUUUUUAGAUGCAAGAAACCUCACCUUGCUCUUAGUAAAGCUGUAUUAGGCUAUAUGUUAUAUCAAAACCUCAAGCAAGCUAGUUCAACAUAUCUGUUUCACGAGUAAAAUGUUACGUGUCAGGCGUUCUGUUUCAAAUAGUUUACAGCUGAAUAUACACAAUGUUUUGUUUAUUUUUUUCAGUUUUAACUGAACCUAAAGGGUUCUAUAUAUAAAUGCAAUAUAUAAAGUGUUUUUCCCAUGUUUCAUGAGCUGAAAUAAAAGAUCCCAGAAAUGUUCCA